GCCAUUCGUCUUUCUCAACUAUUCUAGAAUGGUUUACGAAUUCAGAUGCAGAAUUUUUCUAGAUGUUACCUCCUGGCGGUCAUUUGAGAGGAAACCCGACAGGGGUAGGUCCAUUUGGUAUAAAUACCAAUCAGUAUGCUAAAUUUAAAUAUAAGCGCGCGCACGAUUUAACAGAAAACAUUGUGUUUGUUCACGUAUCGGUGGAAACUGCCCUACACAGUUUCUUUUGAGCGGUCAGUUCGAUUGAAGGUGGAUUAAUAUUCAAGAUUCAAAUUGCUCUUAUAGCGGCGAAAUAUUCCGAUUGAUAAGAAAUCUAGCAUAUAGAUAGUGAAUAGUUUGAAGUGAAAUUGCCAAAAUUAUGGGUGAAAAGUACGUGGUGAAGGAGAAUUCAGAACUGGGACGAUAUGGAGUGGCAGCAAAGCACUUGGAAGCGGGGGAAAUUUUGCUAGAAGAACUCCCGUUUGUGAUUGGACCAAAGGUUGAAAGUCCACCGGUGUGUCUAGAAUGCUGCUGUCCGGUAGAUGGCAGUUCAAGUGGUCCAAAAUGUUCGGCUUGUGGGUGGCCGCUAUGCGAAGAAUGUGUGGCCAAUGACGCUAAGAUUACUUUUCAUAAAAAGGAAUGUGCAGUUUUCGUGAAAAGUAAAGCAAAAUUUAACAAUGUGGAUGAUUCAACGGCCAGCUGUCUUCAGCUAGAUUGCAUAACUCCGUUGCGGAUGCUUUUGGAAAAGGAAGCUCAUCCUGAUCGAUGGGAAAUGGAAAUUGCACCGAUGGAAUAUCACAACGAUGCUAGGAAGGAUACUGCCAUAUGGCAAGCCGAUCAGACAAACGUUGUGGGAUAUUUACGAGGGCCAUGCGGUUUGAAAGAUCGCUUUUCGGAACAGUUGAUCCAACAGGUGAUCGGAAUCUUGGAAGUGAAUGCAUUCGAGGCGCGGACCACCAGUGGAUACUCGGUUCGUGGCCUAUAUCCCAAACUGGCGUUAAUGGCUCAUAGUUGCGUUCCGAAUAUCGUGCACUCAAUCCAUCCUAGCAAAGAUUACAGAUUGACGGCCAGAGCUGCGUUCGAUAUUCCGGAAGGCGAAUUCCUAUGCAACACUUACACCUACACUUUGAAUGGAACCACUGCUAGACAACAAAUGCUAAGGGCAGGUAAAUUCUUCACCUGUCGCUGUGCCCGUUGUCUGGACCCCACGGAACUGGGCACGCAUUUUAGCUCACUCAAGUGCCAAAAAUGUGAUAAUGGACUGAUCGUAUCGAGCAAUCCUUUAGACGACGAAUCGGAAUGGAAAUGUACGCACUGCGAGUUCAAAACGAAAGGAGCUGCUGUGUCGAAAGCCGUCCAAGUUAUGCAAGCUGAAUUGGAUGAGCUUGCUUACAUGGAAUAUGGUCCAGAACGUUUGGAAAACUUCGAACGCGUAUUUAAAAAGUAUCGAAGCGUUCUGCACCCCCUGCAUUUCAUCAAUACUUCAAUCCGUCAUAGUCUCAUUGAAUUGUACGGCCGAAUUCCCGGGUAUGAAAUGCAAGAGCUUCCGGACAUUUUGCUAGAACGCAAGAUCACGCUAUGCAGAGAUGUUUUGAAAGUAUUGAACGUAUUGGAACCGGGAAAGUCACGGGCUAGAGCAAUGAUUAUGUACGAACUGCAUGCGCCAUUGGUUCUAAUGGCGCAAUCGGCAUACCGGAACGGUAUUUUAGCUGGUGAACCAUUGAAGAAACAGUUGGAGGAGGCAAUUGAAUUGUUGGUAGAAUGUGCUGAAAUAUUGGAUUGGGAAGAUCCAUCCACUCCGGAAGGCAUUCUUGCGAACGUGGCCAAACAAUCGCUAGUUGAGCUGAGACAAAGUGUGGAUAGAUUAUAGCGUUAUUCAAUAAUGAUCUUGACCAAGUUGUGCUGUUUUCAAAUAAAGCGCAUCCUUUCACAAAGCUUAUAUAAAGUAUUAUUCAAUUUGAUGUUUGUAGGGUCAU